UAGUCUGGACAUCAGCGCCUCAUCCGCGCUUGCAGACUCCAGCCAUGGCGGGGCCUGAAUGGGAGUCCCUGGAGCAAUGUUUGGAGAAGCACCUGCCACCCGCAGACUUGAGGGAGGUGAAACGCAUUCUCUAUGGCAAGGAAACCAGGAAGCUUGAUUUGCCCAGCAGGGCUUUUGAAGCCGCCUCCGAAGGGGACUUUGAGCUGCAGGGGUAUGCCUUUGAGGCCGCAGAGGAGCAGCUGAGACCACCUCGGACCGUGCGUGUGGGACUUGUUCAGAACAGAACUCCCCUGCCUGCAGAUGCCCCUGUGGCAAAACAGGUCACUGCGCUUCACAGACGCAUAGAAUCCAUCGUAGAGGUGGCCGCUGUAUGCAGAGUGAACAUCAUCUGUUUCCAGGAAGCAUGGACUAUGCCCUUUGCCUUCUGUACGAGAGAGAAGCUUCCUUGGACGGAAUUUGCUGAGUCAGCAGAGGACGGACCCACCAGCAGAUUCUGUCAGAAGCUGGCAAAGAAGCAUGACAUGGUGGUGGUAUCUCCUAUCCUGGAACGAGACAGAGAGCACGGGGACGUUCUGUGGAACACAGCCGUGGUGAUCUCCAAUUCCGGAGCAGUCCUGGGAAAGACCAGGAAAAACCACAUCCCCAGAGUGGGCGACUUCAAUGAGUCAACUUACUACAUGGAGGGAAACCUCGGACACCCCGUGUUCCAGACUCAGUUCGGGAGGAUUGCGGUGAACAUCUGCUACGGGCGGCACCAUCCUCUCAACUGGCUCAUGUACAGUAUCAACGGGGCUGAGAUCAUCUUCAACCCCUCAGCCACCAUUGGAGCACUCAGUGAGUCCCUGUGGCCAGUUGAGGCCAGAAAUGCGGCCAUUGCAAAUCACUGCUUCACCUGUGCCAUCAACCGAGUGGGCAAGGAGUGCUUCCCGAACGAGUUUACCUCUGGAGAUGGGAAGAAAGCUCACCAGGACUUUGGCUACUUUUACGGCUCGAGCUACGUGGCAGCCCCGGAUAGCAGCCGCACUCCCGGGCUCUCCCGCACCCGGGACGGGCUGCUGGUUGCUGAGCUCGACCUGAACCUCUGCCGGCAGGUGAAUGACAUCUGGAACUUCAAGAUGACCGGCAGAUAUGAGAUGUACGCUCAGGAGCUCGCUGAAGCCGUCAAACCCAACUACAGCCCCAAUGUUGUGAAAGAGUAGCUGGAUUUUAGCCCCUGCCCGCCAAGGAGGGCACCUCUGCUCCUGGCGGAUCAGCAAGUACAUCAGGCUUUACAAAAGCCCAAGUUCCCCCUGAUGAUGUCCUGAUAACACUGUUGGUUUAAAAAUGUUCCAGGCGGGGAGGGUAGAUUGAAGAGUAACUGCAGUGGGUAUGAGGUUUCCUUCCUGGCUGAUGAAAUGUUUUGGGCCUACACAGAAGUGAUGGUUACACAACACUGUGAAAGUACCCAUGUGAAAUGCCACUGAAUUGUAUACUUUAAAAUGGCUAAAUCUA